AACUGGAGCUGACAUCACUGUCGAUGUUCAGUGCACGUCAGUCCCUGCGGAAAGCCGAAAGAAAUUGUGAUGUUCGACGUCAGUUGCUUAGAGGGUGUGUGACAAAUGUCGGAACUUGCAUUAAAACAGCUUGGUAUGGUUUGCGGGUAGUCUGUAACUUUGGGAUAUGGAUCGAAGAACGUAUCCCACUGAUUUGACCGAUGCCCAGUGGGGCUUGCUGGAACCACUGUUGCCCCCGGUUUCGCUCAGGGGACAUCCUCGAACCGUGCACCUGCGGGAGGUGGUGAACGGCAUCCUGUAUGUGGUGCGGG